AUGGUUACCGCUGAUAAAGUGUUUGUGAAUCAACCACAAAGCGCCGAACGGUUCAAAAGUUUCUGCCAGCAACUCAGCGAGUUUACACAAGCUUUGGCUGGUGAAAGAGCUACUGUCGAGAAAACGAUGAAACAAAUGGAAACACAGCAGUUAGAAGCUGAAUUGGCUUUUAAUGAACGUGUCGCCGAAGACAAAGCGAAAUUCGCAGUUCAACGUGAGAAUCUAGAAAAAGAGCUUCAUAUGUUGACGGAAAGCAAUAAUAUACAGUGUGCACAGAAAAAAGUAUGGGAAGAAAAGCAGGAGAAGGCCUUUGAUGAGUUGGCGGCCGAAUUGGAGAGAGACGAUUUAGACGGUGCUGAGACAUCGUUUGGAGAUCAUUUCAGCACAUUGAUUGAUUCGAUUAACAGUUUAUCGUACGAGUCGAUGAAUGAUCAGUUCACCGUGUUGAAGAACAAUUUAGACGAGUUGAACAUUGAGAAAAAGCAGUUGAAACUUUCUAUCGCUGAUCAAAAAUCCACUAUCACCGAGAUGCUAACAGCACUUACACCAACUUGUGGGGUCACAUACAAAGAACGUAAUGUUAUCAGUACAGCUCUUCGGAAUCAAGUCAGCAAAGUACGCAGUGAAUAUCAAACGUCCCGUCUUCAAGAGGAAGCACUUAAAGCUAAACUGUCGACUUAG